AUGCGGCUGACACGCUCCAAACCAUCAUACAUUCACGAGGUAAGAGUUGAGAAUGGCAAUCAAAAAGAAUGGGUCGUAUCGCUGCUACCGCCGCGUCCUCCGUACAACGAUGGUAUGUUCGAUUUGCGCAUAACGUUCCCAGCUGAGUAUCCGUUCAAGCCACCAAUUCUGCGCCUAGCAACGCCAAUCUACCACCCGAACAUCGACGAAAAGGGACAGAUGUGCCUGGCGAUACUGCAGUAUGAUAACUGGAAGCCUGGCACCAACGUCGAAAGCAGUUAG